UUUCAGUGUCAGAGGGAGUGAAGGAGAAAAAGAGAAGAGAGAGAUCACAGCACCACUUUAUCAACUGUGAAACUCCACCUGUGUGUGUCUGGUGUUCUCACGUGGUAUCAGAGACUCAAGACUGGUCCUCACACAUGUUAAAAAGUGUGUGUUCACGAGUUGGGCGGUAGCGGAGCAGGUUAAGUGCAGGUGGCGCAAAACACAAGGACUGGCUAAGGAUCCCGGUUCGAGCGCCCAGCUCCCCACCUACAGGAGAGUCACUUCACAAGCGGUGAAGCACUCUGCAGGCACCAAAAUGGUAUCAGUUGCUGAGUAAUAAGUACACCAAGUUCAAGUCUGAACUACAGUUAAGCAUUGCUUUGGAAACAGAUACAAAGGCACCAGUGGAUAGUUUUAAAGCGAAGGGAGCCCCCCCUCGAAAUGGAAGAGUACCUGCCAUCCUGUCUGGACUUGACCCCAAGGACAUUGUGGCAGUGCUGAAUGAGGAAGGAGGCUACCAUCAGAUUGGACCAGCAGAGUACUGCACUGACUCCUUCAUUAUGUCUGUGACCAUAGCAUUUGCCACUCAGCUGGAGCAGCUAAUUCCAUGUACCAUGAAACUUCCAGAAAGACAGCCUGAGUUUUUCUUUUAUUACUCUUUACUGGGAAAUGAUGUAACAAAUGAACCCUUCAAUGAUUUGAUCAACCCAAACUUCGAGCCGGAGAGAGCGUCUGUUCGAAUACGGAGCAGUGUAGAAAUCCUUCGUGUUUAUCUGGCUUAUCAUUCUAAACUACAGAUCCAUCUCUGCUGUGGAGACCAGUCACUCGGAAGCACAGAAAUCCCCUUAACUGGCUUACUGAGGAAGGGCAGUGUAGAGAUCAACCAGCACCCGGUCACAGUCGAGGGUGCAUUUACCUUGGAGCCUCCAAACCGAGCCAAGCAAAAGCUCGCACCUUUUCCUGUGGAGCUCGCCCCAACCGUGGGGGUGUCUGUGGCUCUGCAGAGGGAAGGCGUAGAUGCCCAGCCUUUGAUUGAAUUAAAGUCCCAGAGUGAACAUGAGUCACAACUUCCAAAGAAGAGCAUUUUAACACCCAUAAAGGAGAAGGUACUUUCUGAGCCCAAGUCACCAAGCAUGACCCCCAUGCCACCUCACAACCCCUCACCUCCAACAAAAGACGAUGCAACAGAGAGUGAAGUGGAAAGCUUACAGUACGAUAAGGAAACAAAGCCAAAUCCAAAGGCUGUCAGUUCUUCGUCAGUACCUGCUUCAACAGCCCCGCCAGCAACCACAUCCAAUGUUUCAGAAACAGUUUCAGGACAGAAGAUUGCUGUUCCAGCAACAUCGCAUCAUUUUUGCUUUUCCAUAGACUUAAGGAGCGUCCACGACUUGGAAGUUGGUUUUCCAAUCAACUGUAUAUUAAGGUACUCAUAUCCAUUCUUUGGAAGUGCAGCUCCUAUUAUGACCAACCCUCCAGUAGAAGUUCGGAAAAACAUGGAAGUUUUUCUUCCCCAGUCUUACUGUGCAUUUGAUUUUGCAACUAUGCCUUAUCAGCUUCAAGACACAUUCUCAAGAAUACCGUUGCUGGUUGAAUUAUGGCACAAGGAUAAAAUGAGUAAAGAUUUGCUUCUGGGGAUUGCCAGAAUCCAGCUUUCCAAUAUCUUGUCUUCAGAAAAAACUCGUUUUUUGGGUUCUAAUGGUGAACAGUGUUGGCGUCAGACGUACAGUGAAAGUGUUCCUGUUAUAGCAGCACAAGGGUCAACUAACAAGAUACUGGAACUUUCUUACACAGUGACUCUAGAAGAUUAUGGACUCGUAAAGAUGCGUGAGAUCUUUGUCUCCGAGUCAUCUCAGGGUUUAUCCACUAUACAACCGAAAUCAGCCUCUCUUCCUCCAGCACCUUGUCCUUCAGAAGUCCAGACAGAGCCACGUGAAACCUUAGAGUACAAAGCAGCACUGGAGCUCGAAAUGUGGAAAGAGAUGCAGGAAGACAUUUUUGAAAAUCAGCUAAAGCAGAAGGAACUUGCUCAUAUGCAAGCUCUUGCAGAGGAAUGGAAGAAACGGGACCGAGAGAGAGAAUCACUAGUAAAGAAAAAGGUGGCUGAAUACACUAUCCUAGAAGGGAAACUUCAGAAAACCCUAGUGGACUUAGAGAAGCGCGAGCAGCAGCUUGCUAGUGCAGAGCUGGAGCUUCAAAGAGAACGAAAAGAACUGAAAUCAGAACGUGAACGAAACCUGCAAGAACUUCAGGAUUCUAUCCGUAGAGCCAAAGAAGAUUGUGUUCACCAAGUAGAACUGGAAAGAUUAAAAAUCAAGCAGCUAGAAGAAGAUAAACUCCGACUUCAGCAACAGCUCAAGGAUGCUGAAAAUAAGUAUAAGAUUUUAGAAAAGGAAUUCCAACAGUUCAAAGAUCAGCAGAGCAACAAACCAGAAAUCCGUCUACAGUCUGAAAUAAGUCUUCUCAACUUGGAAAAGGUUGAACUUGAAAGAAAGUUGGAAUCUGCAACGAAGUCUAAACUGCAUUACAAGCAGCAGUGGGGACGAGCUCUGAAAGAACUCGCCAGACUUAAACAGCGGGAACAAGAAAGUCAAAUGGCUCGUCUUAAAAAACAGCAAGAAGAACUAGAACAGAUGAGAUUACGCUACUUGGCUGCUGAGGAAAAAGAUACACUAAAGACUGAACGGCAAGAGUUAUUGGAUAUAAGAAAUGAAUUGAACAGGUUAAGGCAGCAAGAGCAGAGACAGUGCCAGGAUUCCCGUGAGAUUGCGAGUGGAAAUGUGGGUGGCCCACAGGGCAGUGCGCUGGAGGAAGGCUUGGAUGACUACUUGACUCGCCUGAUAGAAGAAAGGGACACUCUGAUGAGGACAGGGGUAUAUAAUCACGAGGAUCGAAUCAUAAGCGAACUGGACCGACAGAUCAGAGAGGUUUUGGCAAAAACCAGUGCCAGCAACUAAUAACAUUGGGGAAAUUGUUAUGGAGACUCGAGGCUUAAGUUUGGAUUUCAACUAAAAUGCCUUCCAAAGAAGGGAACAUAGAUGUUUUUAAAUGCUAUUUUCAAUUUUUAUAUGCAAAAUUUUGUAUGUUAUUGUAUAGUAUUUAUUUGAUUGUAUUUACUUUAUGCUACCUCUCCCGCUUUGGUUUUAUUUGUAAACACAUUUUGUAUACUCACUUUAAAUGGCUUUCCAGUGUUUGUCAUAGGUAAAUUAUACGUUCAUGAUUAACCUUCAAGACAGCUUUUCAUUAAACUUCUUGGAGAAUGACUGAAGUAAUUUCCAAUUCCAUAACUUUUCAUGUUGAGCCAAAAGAGUAUAUGUGCUGCACUUUUAAGAUGCUGUGUCCUGUUCAUUUGAACAGCCUUAGACAUUGAGACCAAUUGUAAAUGUAACCACUGAUACUCACCUUACUGCAGAUGUCCUGCCUUUUAACUCAUCCAUUGCCAGAAAGCAGGCUCAUUGCAGAGAAACCAUAUGAUAACGUUGAAUGACAAGUAGUCAUUUAUCUAAAUAAAGUUGAUACAGAUGAAACUUGUCUUGAGUGCUAUUAAAUGUUCAAAUGUUCACUGUAGCAGUACAGAUAGCAUACUGAAACCUUCACUGUCAGUUUCCUCCUCAAGAUUAAGUACACUGCUUUCUUUUGUUGAAAAUAGAGGUUUCUUUUUUUAUCCUGCAGUAGUAACACUACUAGUUGUUAGCUCACACACUCUGUAACAUAACAUGGAAACAGACAUUAGUUGAGAGAGUAGAGUGGAAAGCUAUUUUUUACUCCCCCUAAUUCUAAUCAGUCUCUUUUUUCAAAAUUUCAUGAGAUUAAGUCAUUGGAUUUAGUAGGUAGUGCUGUGUGUGUAUAAACUUUAAGAAUUCCUUUACAUUGCAUUCCUCAGAGUCAACAUUUGCCCUCAAAGCAAUACUUUCAACCUCAUUUUACAGGGUUCUGAAAACAUUUACUAGAAAAUUCAGAGUAGGUGAAUCUUAAGUAUGUGUAGUUGAAAUUCUCUGGUUCCUAAAUAUAAUAAAGCAUAUACUAUAGGAAGUAUAUACCAUUUACCCAGAACUUCCUUUAACACAGCUUAGGCUGUAUGAUAACUACAUUUUCUGUUAUCUUCAAGGAAGCCUAUUUCUUAUUUCAGAAAUUAAAGUUCCUACACACAUUAUAUGUUUUUCCCUUAUUAACAGAGUAUUAAUUGUCUAAAACCAGCAGUAAAUAACAGAGGAAGAAAUCACUGAAUGAGAGAAUCAUGAAUCUGAAUCAUAGCAGAGACAUGAGAUAAUCGUGGGUAGAGAUUUUCUCUCAUUGAUUUUAGUGCCACAUGAGGAGAAGUAUUCUUAGUGCUUUGGAAACUCUGGUCAAGCACUGCCACGGUGCCUUCCAUGACAUUGUGUGCUGUCUAUGACUGUUUCUAAACACUAGAGGGGGCCUUAGAUUUUAAAAAAACAGAAGUGCUUUUUCUACUAUGGAUGUGUAUAGUUAUUUUGGCUUGUGUAAAGCAAUCUUUUGACUGUGUGACUCAACAAAUAAAGUCCUCAUUGUUCGUA